CACUGGGCGUGGUAAGUGUUUGUAAGUUUACAGAACCUCACGGUUUUAUUGGUUUUUUUCUUUACAAAUAAUUUCUAUCAAUGUGACAGUUGUGCUUCUGAUUAGACAGCAUUAUCUUCAGUUCCGUUGAAGUCAUUAGGAAGUGUCAGACAAACCGGUAUAACCUAACACAAUGAGUACAUCAGCUGAAUUUGACGAUAAAGUAUCAUGUGAUGAAGGCAUCAAGUCUAUCAGAGAUGAUAAUUGUCCAGAUAAUUAUAUUGUUGUGGGCCAUAUAGAAAAUGACCCUAAUAGACUGACUGUUUUAAAAGUAGGAGAGGAUGUUUCAGAUAUGCCCGAACUUUUUGAUGACACACAGAUGAUGUAUGCAUUAGCCAGAUAUGAAAGCACAUUUGAUAUGUCAACAACUGUUAAAUUUGUUUAUUUUCAUUGGGUAGGAGAUAAAGUGUCCUAUGUAAAGAAAGGAAGGUUUGGUGUCGUUCAUGGAAGUGUGGAAGAAAAACUGAGUCCUUACCAUUUAUUUAUAGAGACAAGUAGUAAAGAAGACUUUGAUAAAGAUAAAAUAUUACAACAGUUAGAAGAAAAUACUGGUAAAAAAUCAAAAGUAAUAGAAACUGUCACAUCUGGUAUGCAACAAAGAGGCUUUACACAAACUCAGCUUCCAAAUAGAGGUCCUGCAGCUAAAACUGGUCCUGGAAUUGCUAAAGGUGGGGCAGAAAUACAGAUAGCCCCAGAAGUGCUUACUGCCGUUCAUGAUGUAAAGGCAGAUGGCAAUGACACCACCUGGAUGUUAGCUCAGUAUGAAGGUGGUGACCCUAAAUCUCCAAUAGUACUAGAGUCUACAGGGACAGGAAACAUUGAUGAAAUGAAGUCCCACUUAUGUGAUGAUUCAGCAAUGUAUGGAUUAUAUAGGACUACAGAUAAAGUAGAUGAUAUUGUUACAGUCAAGUUUACAUAUAUUCAGUGGAUUGGUGGUAAAUUAAAACCUAUGAGGAAGGCUAAAGUAUCAACAAACAAAGGUGUAAUAGAGAAAACAUUUAGUCCUUACCAUGUUAGUUUGUUUGCUACAGAACAAUCAGAUAUAUCUGAAAGAAUUGUAAUGGAAAAGAUAACUUCAGCAUCAGGAACAAGGUCCCAUGUAAAGUAACCAUAUACAACUAAACUAACAAUGCAUGUGGUCAUUGGAGAUGGAAUAGCUUUUACAUGACAGAAAAGCCACCAGUUUAACCAUGACAAUAAUAAACCACAGAUACAGUUACAUUUGCUAAAGAGAUGUAUGCUCUACUUAAGUGUUUACCAUAAAUAUCAGGGUGAUCAAGACAGUCAUAUUUCUUGCCAUGUUUUUGUUAUAACAAUAAUUGUAUUUACAAAGUUAACAAAUGUUCCAGAAUUAAACACAUGUGGCUUGGGAGACUUUUUAUUAAGAUCAAACCCAGCCUCCCAUAAUAUAAUUUUCCUUUUUUAUAAAAAAUAAAUAAUUAUAUAUUAUAUAAUAUACAGAGGGCUGUUUUGGAAAGUAUCUUUUUUCUUUGAUAGUCUUGUUGGUGGUUCAGUGACUUUGGUCAUAAAACAAGUGUCCUCAAAGACCUAAAUAAUUAACUUUGGAAUAGUCCCUACAUAUAGUUGACUAAGUUUAUAUUAUGUGACACUUACAAUAGAAGUUAAAAAAAAUCCUUUCACUUUCUGAUUUUUAUGUAUUUAUUCAAGUUUGAAUAGUCUGUUUACCAAUUCUAUCUUGUAUUGAUCUUAUAAUUGGAGAUAUACUGAACCAACUUAUUUUUGCGAGCAAUUUAUUAUUGCGACUUUUGUGAUUAAAAAAAUAAUGCGAAAUAGAUAAUCGCGAAAAGGUUACUUUUGAAUUUUUCCCUUUUCAAAUACAUCUAGAAAUCAGGAAAUUAAAUACCACAAAGUGGGCUUUAAAGAGCUAAACGCAAAAUAAAGUAUCAGCAAAAAUAAGUUGGUUUACAGUAUUUGUUUGAGAAUUUCACUCAGGAGUGACAGAAGUUCUCAUUGACAAUGAAGAGCUAAUGGAAAGAGCAAAUUCAUAUAUAUGUAAUGUCUGUUUUGUUUCAAGUUUUACAAAUCUUUUAAUUACAUUUUAUCUUUUGAUUUUAGCAAAAUAUGUUUGAUAUUAAUGUAGUUAUUUUUCAUUAAAAUUUCUAAAACUGUCAAGAUAUCACUGCCAACUUAUCAUGCUUUGCAUGGGCAAUAACUAAUUGGUCUGGUUAAGAACCAGUCUACAAUUGUAUUAAAAGUGUGUAAUAACAGAAUCAAAUCAGUUACUGGCAAAUAAAUAUUUAAACAGAUAAAAUUAUAUAGCUGAAUGAAAAGGCAUUUAGAUCCUUUAGUUUUCAUUUCAUCCAUAAUUAUUAGAAAAAGAACUAAGAAUCUCAGAUAUUUAUUAACAUUGCUAAAUUUCUUAGAAAAGGAGGUUUAGCAAUAAAAUAAUCAAUCAAAGAAAAUACUGCAUUAUAUUUUGCAGUGUGAGCAUCUUCAUGAUAGAGUGACAUAAAUAGUGCAGUAAAAUCAUGUAUGUUCAACAUAGUAUGUCUUAUGCAUCCCUAAACACAAAAAUAAAUCAUUAUUUCAUACUGAGGAUUUUUACAAUUCACACUUCACUCAAGUUUGAUAAACCUAAGGCAAUUGUAAAUUGUAUAUUUUGUGAUCUUAGCAUUCAUGUAAUAUGUGAUGUGGUAAAAAAGAUUUCCUUAUUUUCUGAAGUGCAAGAUAAAAUAUGUUGUACAUGAAUUUCUACUUUUAAAGGGAUAUGGUCUGCCAUUACAACAACAUGUUUUAAUUUUCCUUUUUUAGUUCAAAUACAGUACAAUGUAAUACAUGUAAUAAUAAAAUGAUGACUAUAUUUUGGGUAAAAAUAAUUUUCUUAGGGUUGAAAUUAGAUUUUUUAACCAUAAAUAGGUACAGAAAUUUGCAGAAGGUUGACAAAAUGUAUAAAGUUAUGGGUUUAAAGAAAUAAUCCCCAUCAUUUUAUCUGGCUAACAAAGAAGUUGACAUACAGAUUCUACCAUGCUUUGCGUUUGAUGAAAUAUUUCUACAGUAAACCUGGCAAAAUCAGAUUUAAACAAUACUUGCUAAGCAUACUCAAUAUUAAAUAUUUUUAACUGUUGAUAGUGUAGAAAUAUUUUGUCCAAUGAGAUGCAGGGAUUGAAUCUGUUUCUCUCAUGAUUAAAAGCAGAUAGCUGAAACCACCAAAAAACCAUAAUGGCUGCAAGGAUUAAUUUUUUGUCAGCCAGAAUGAUUUGGCUUGCUUGAUAUUUCACAUCCUUUAACUUUUUUAGGUAUGCAAUUUUCAGUUAUUUUUUAAAGAUAUUUUUUAAGCAAGGGGACCAAUUUUAUUUUUUCGAACAUUUUGUUGGUGUUUUAUUGAAAUAUAUUAUUUUUUACAAUGUUAUUGUUCAAAUGUUUAAUUGUUUUUUCAAUAUAUAUUUUUAUGUGUUUUUAUACUGGAUACUUGUUGCAUUUUAUGAAAUAUUUUUUAUAAUAUGAUCUGUUAUAUGUCUAAAAGUGUCUUGUUAAAUUUAAAUGUUUUUGAAUUGUUUUAUAUAAAGAUUUUUGUUUGAUCAAGGUACUGGAGUACUAAAUAUGUGAUUAUGACACACCCAAUCAAAUUUGCAGUUGCAGUCAAUCCAUUCCAAUAUUUUAUCAAUAUUAUAUUUUAUUAUGAUUUUUAUGUGUUUAACUGAUAUGAAAAAGAUGCAAAAUAAACCAUUGACAACAACAUUAAAGUGAAGUAAUCAAAAUGGAUUUUUAAGAAGUGACAUUUUAAAAUAUGUCUUUUGGAACAUGAAUUUUAACUGUCUCUAAUGUCAUGUGAUAUUAAGAAAUAUAAAUUAAAAUCCAAUAUAACUAGUCAUAUGUUUCAUAUAUAGUUUCAUUGACCUUUGUUAAGGCAAUUUCAAAAGAAACAUGAAAUUAAGGAAACAAAUUAUAAAAAUAUAUUUAUGUGUCCUUGGGUUUUGAUUUGUAAGUUAAGGACCGAGUCUAUGAUUGUAAUUUGGCCUUUAAAUGAAACAAUGGUGGUUCCAUUGAAGCAUAAUAAUAAUCUCUUCUGCACUAGUGCAAGAUUUCUCUGACUUUUUUUUUUAAAUUUGCAAGUCCCUAAUCCUGAAAAAGGCCUUCAGAUCUCAUAAGAAUCUCAUACUAUAUUUGCAUUAUAUUGUCAUGUUUGUAAAAAGCAAAACUACAGUGCCUUUUUGCCAUUUUGAAAUAACUGGAGAUAUGUUAUUAUUGCCACAGAAAUUACUACCCACCAAAAGACAAUAAUCUGACCAACUACAGGUCAUCAUAACAAUAACAAUAUACUAUAACACUGAAGAUAAAUAUAUGUAUUAUAUGUCACCAUAAGCAAAACAUGAUGAAUUUUAUGAACCUUUACAUCAAGACAAACAGAAUUAAACAUUAUGCAUAUAUCUAACAAUUUUUUUUAAAAGGGCCCCUAAAAAAUCAUGCAACACAAUUUAUAUAAAGGCAAGAAAAGAUAUUUACUAUUUGACGAGGGUCACAAACAACAAAGCUGGAAAAAUUAUACAUUUGCAAUUAAAUAAAUAAAGAAUUUUCUCUUUUAUAUUUCCUGAAGAUAACUGAGAAGCUAUACUUUCUUAUUUACUUGGCCAUAUAAAUACUAGUCAAUUUUAGCAUGUAAAUUGUUUACACUGAUAUUCUUCUUUAAGCAUUGUUUACAAUAUGUACUUUAAUUUAUACCGUUAUAUAUGUAUGUGGUAUGUAUGUGAUCUGAAUAAUAAAAUUGAUACAAAUAAAAUCCA